GCUGUGAGCUCCCAGAGUUAGCUUCGCAGCACUCCCUCGCACACAGGUCGAGGAUACAUCAUUUCUAGGAAGAGAAAUAUCCAAUUGUCAGCAGGAGACCCUCAAUUUAUAUUGAAGACAUCUCCGAGCCGACCAUUUAAACUAGAAAACGAACCUUUUUUUUGUAUCUGAUGCACUGUGACAGCACAUUCUCAGCCUUGGUUAAUAAAACACGUUCAGUACAAAAGGAGAGAUUUGGAGUUUAUGGCCAAAUUUGAAUGGUGUGGUACUAAAUUACAACGGAAUAACGUUGGAAAUGCGCCACCCAGUUAAUAUCUGCCCCUCACUUUCCAGCUUACAACUGCCUAACUAUUGAAAUAUAAGCAGAGAGUUAUUGGAAAAUAUCACCGGGUCUGGCAGCAUCCGUGAAGAUAGAAACAUUUCAAAUCCAACGGGAUUCUCUCUCGGAUCUAACGUUGACUUUUUCGCUGCCUUUUUUUUAAAGGCCCCUGGAAUUUCUUUCUGAGCAGAUAUCAAAUCAAUGGACAAUUAUAUCGCUGGACAGAAGUACAAGAGAAAAAAAUAUCCUUAUGAAAACCCCCCAAUUAAUGCAAGUGGUGAACACACGUGAAUGGAGCAAGUGAAUUAGGAUAACGCUGUAAUUUACCGCAGUGCAAAGUGAUUUGGAUAAUGUGUAUUGAAUAAACUAUAUAAUGCCACGCUAAACUCAUUCAAGAUGUGAAUAGUUCUGCAAGCAGACAGGCUAGACCGCAGUAAUAAACCGUGGGAAAGCGACAUUUUCAAGGGAUAUUGUGGGGAAUGAUAUUACAGCAACAAUGAACAGAAAUCUUUUCCCUUGGAAAUGAACGGGAGAGAGGAUUUGAAAUCUUGGCGGUUACCUGUGACUUAAGGAAGUUAGCCCUGUACAACAAGAUGCAGGAGUCCACGGAGAACAACUCGCAAAGCAAAGAAAGCGAAAAGGACCAAGCCCCUGAGGCCGAGUAUAUCAGUUCCAGAUGCGUGCUGCUCACCUACUUCCAGGGGGACAUCGGCGCCGUGGUCGAUGAACACUUCAGCCGGGCCCUGAGCAACUUCCCCAGCGACAACCGCAACUCCAAGCCGCUGGCUUCUUCCAGCGCCGCCUGGAAAGAAGGACUGCCAUUUCCUACAAAUCAGAAGAACAAUUUCCCUGCUUCUUUCUGGAGCAGCACUUACCAAGCCCCAGCACCUCCAGCUCUGAGUGCAAGUCACCCCGAUAUCUCUGCUGCAACUGGUAGCGUGUUUCAUUCCCCAGAUCCCAUGGCUUGGCCAGGACAUGGACUACACCAAGCCAGUGCUCCCCCAUCCAAUGUUGAGCCGUGGCCUUACACAUUGUCAUCACAAGGGAGUUCCAGCUAUCCACUUGUUCAUGAGGUUUACCCACAUAUGCAUCAUCCACAUGCCCACACCCACCAUCACAGUCCACAUUUAGACCCACGUUAUGGGUCAUUAUUGGUACCAUCAGUGAGAGCUGCUAGGAUUACCACAACACCUGGUGAAAUCACAAAGACAGACCCUGCUGCUGGUUCGUCUUGGACUGGAGCCUUUCAUGGAACUCUUGAGAUGGCACAAGCCGUAAAUUUUGACACAGCCCUUUGGUACGGUGGAUCUCUCACAGGCUGAUGAAAAAUUCAUCUCUGCAAUCUGAUGGAAUUGAAGUAAUGACCCAAAGUAUUUGCUUUUGACCAAUUACCUUCAGAAAUUGUAAUGAUGGAAAAUACGGGGUUUCUAUAACAGUGUACUCUGAGAAAGCUGGCAAAAUGUUUUAAUGAAAUGAAAAGUAAAUUUGUAGAAUAAAUGAUGAUUUUAAGUGAAAGUGGUGAAGUGAAUCAACAAUUAUUGUUGCAGUGAAAUAACAAGGCUAUCUAAUUUCAGCAUCUGGAAAAGAGUGUCAUAGCCUGUGUUUUGUAGAAUUUGAUCGCUCUAGAGGACCAUUAGCAGAAUCUGUUGGAUAAAGAUCAGCUUCAAGUAAAAGUUUAUGGAGAGUGAAGCACUGGGUGGAAAAUUGUAUUAGGCACAACAUAAAUUCUUUUAUUUUUGUGGUUAUAAGUAUGUGAAGUAUUGGAGUUUUUUAUAACUGUUUAUUACUCUGAUCUUGUUAAAAAUGUAAUGUGACUCUACCAGGGAUUCCUAUAUUUUUUUUCUUGAUUUCAUUUUUCUUAUUUAAGUAUAGUUAAUCAUUUGUGGACUGCAGUAGCACUUUUACCAUGUCCUAAAUUGAAUACAGGUUUAAUGUUCUUUCAUUUAGUCUACUAUAGCAAAAUGUUCAUUUUGUUGGUAUUCAGCAUAUUGGUUUAACCACCAACUUAUUGCAAAAAAAAAUUGAUAGAGGUAGAAUUAAGAUAACAACAUUGCUUUGAAACCAAAGAGGGGGAAAAAGGGGGGCAGAUUUUUCUACUGAAAAAGGUACUUCUUAGGACACCAAGGUCUUUUUCAUCCAGAUUCUACAAGGAUUACUUCCUUCAAAAUUUUUAAUAAUUGAUUGUCAUAAGGUAAACUUUAUAAACUUGACAUUCAUCCUGAACAUUGUAUGGCAUCCACAAAAAGAAAAAUAAUAUAGCACCUUUCAGAUGCAAUAGAACUUUUAAUCCAUUUAUGGUUGUCCUUAUUUUAUACUUUGUUCUAUUAAAAAGGUAACUUCUUCCCUUUUUAAGUAUUUUAAAAAAAAACCAAAUGCUUAUGGUGGCAAGUAUGAAGGCUAUACAACAUAUGCUUUGGGAAAGUGAAGAAAAUUGCCCUCAAUUCAUAGGAAACUAUAAAACUCAACAUUUCACAUUUAUUUGUAUUCAUGCCUUUUUUAAAAAAAAAUCCAGACUCAGCAAUUCAUAUUAAAAAGUUAGUGAUAAAAUAAUGCACCCAAAACUCAACUGCUUAAGUCAUUCUGAACGGGAUGAAUGACAUUUUAGCUCCACAUUUUGUCUCAACUAUGUACAACAUGGUAACAUUCUUGCCUAUGAUCAAUUUUGAAAGUUCUGAUUGAAUUUGGACUUUUUUCUUUUCUUAAAGGCAGUCAGGAUUCUGUGUUGAAUAUAUUUCUUCCAAGAUGUUACAUAUAUCAUUCUCUGUUUACAAAUGCAUAAAGUGAGGCUAAAAUCAAUGGAACAUUUUGUGGCAAAUUUCUCUGAAUAUGUUUGGGUGUUUUUUUUUACAGAAAUCUGUAAAAUGCAUUGUUGAUGUUAAUUAAAAAAAACUUGUUGGAACUAUUACCCAUAUUUCAACUGCAUGAUUU